GGGACGGAACUGCUGUGGACAGUAGUAGCGGUGCGACUCAAAGGAGUUAUGCAAAAAAACUGUAAAUUAUGAAGGUUCUUGAAUACCCCCCAUCAUGACUGGGCGAAAAUGAUACACAUGAGGUUUCUGUAAAACAACAAAUAAUUUUAAUGUUAAAGCGAUUUAUUGCGGAGCAGUAAACUGACUUAUCCCAGUUCGCCCCUCCCGGUCUUUUUUUGCAGUGAUUGGCGUAGAGCCUCCACAAAAGAAUCUGCUCUCUAUAUACAUAAAUAUACAUAUAUGUAUAUAUUUAAUUUAUUUUCUUUGCCCUGAAAUCAUAUUUCAUGUGUGACGUGACAUUCCACUUUCCUCGAGCUGUGCUGUUACCCCCCUCCCGCGCAGCCACUUCUUCAUUCACUGCUAUUUGGAGCUUCUAAGAAAGUGGACGGAGCAGCUCGAGCAUCAGAAGAUGCCGAAGGGAUUUUUAGUGAAAAGGAGCCGAUGUGUAUCGACGCCGUUGUCUGCACUUCCCCACGCUGGGAGAAAAAGGCCGAAUGGGGAACGCUUCUCGCGAGGUCCGUUCCCGGGCAGCGAGUCCAGUUCUGCGCGACCCGACGCCGCUAUGAGUGCAAGUGUGACAGAACCGCUGGGGGCCAAGUUUCGUGCGGAAUCCCAACACACACACACACUCGAGGCCGAACGUGCACCGGAGCGAGCAGACACGCUUGCCGGCCCUGGGGAUGAGUCCGUGGCCGCGGCAGGACAAGCGGACCGCAGCUUCCAGCCGAGCGCGCGCGCACCUUCAGUGGAGAGACGCCAGGCGCGUCCCCACGCACACCUCUCCUCUUUCAUGGAAGCUGGCGAUGGAGCCCUUCAGCUCCCCUGCCACCAGUGUGCGGUAAGACGCACGAACUGCGCCUCGAGGGAAGUGAGUCCGCUCUCUGUGAAGCCCACGGCGGCCGCGAAGCUGCGCGUCACAGAGCACUUCGUGAGCGCGCCUGCGUUGCACCUCAAGGCGAAGAGGACAAGAGACUGGAAAACACGCGUGUCCGGGGCUGGGAAGCAGCCGCUGGCUGAGUUCAUCUGCCAGCUGUGCAAAGUCGAGUAUCCGGACCCGCUGUCCCUCGCGCAGCACAGGUGCUCGCGCAUAGCGCGCGUGGACUACCGCUGCGCCGAGUGCGACAAGGUGUUCAGUUGCCCUGCCAACCUAGCGUCGCACCGCAGGUGGCACAAGCCUCGCCUCGCGAGAAACGAGGAGCCCCGCGGGUACGAGAGUAAGAGGACGUCGCGUCCGGCUGCACACGAUCCCUCUGCCGAGGGGAAGAAACACGCGAGAGGGAUUAUCAUGCCUGUCCACCAUCAGCACCCGGACAGCUCUCUGGGGUGGAUUCAGCACCAAGACAUUCGCGGGCCAGAUGAGCCAUGCAAACCAUGGGACAGGGACACGUGCGUGGCAGAAAACUGCGCGCUGCUGGCGGACCGCUCCGAAAGAGCCAUUGCGGUCGCUGGUCCCCGCGUGAUCUGUCACGCAGAGAGACGGGAGACGCACGAGAAACGCUCGGACAGCGGGUCCUUCCGAGCGCGCGCGACUCUGCAGCAGCACGCGGCCACCCGGAACGCUCCAAGCGCCUACACUUAUUAUGGGGCUGAGAGUGAGAACAUCUCUUUUCCCUGUCAGUUUUGCGAGCUCCGUUUUCCCUCGGCGGACGUGCGAGAUGGGCAUGUCGUGUGGCACGUGGAGGCAGAAGGAGCGCGCGCUCUUCACGCGAGGAGCGCCGGCGUGCUGGCAAGCCUGGGUGCCCCCCAUCUGAAGGAGCCCUUUUUUCUCUGUUAAUGGCUUUGAAGGAGGCACAUAAAUAGCUACUAGUUGUGAAUUCCAAAGUGAAUGACUUGGAGCUGCAGGUGGUGUAGCAGUUACGGCUAUCACUCUCCAAUCAAAACGUCUUUGGUUCAAAUCCCGCUACCCUCCAUGAACUCCUAUAGUGCCUCACCUUCUGUAACUCCUUAUCCAAGUCAGGGUCAUGUGGGUCCUCUAGAAGUGCAGGGCACAAGGCUGCAUAGGGUACACCCUGGAUGAGAUGCCAGGGCAUUGCGGGGUAGCUGCACACACUACAAGCAACUUUAGCAUGGCCACUUCUCGUUUUUGGAGUGUGGGAGGAAACUAGAGCACCAGGAAAAAACCCACGCAAACAUGGAGAUAACGUGCACAGACUGCGCCGGACUGAAAAACGACAUUACACUACAGCCCAGGUGCUGUGAGAGGCAGCAGUGCUGCCUACUGUGCCACUGUGCGGCCGCAGUAAGAAUACCUCU